AUGCCUUCAGAGACUGUGCAAUUCAAGGGGUACGCAUUGGCAGAUCCUGCCAAGUGGAACGACCUCAAAGUCAUCGAUUUCAAGCCGAAAUCGUUCGCAGACGACGACGUCGAGAUAGCCAUUACCCACUGUGGAGUCUGCGGCUCAGACGUGCAUACGCUUACUCAGGGGUGGGGUGAAACCAAGCUCCCCCUUGUCGUUGGCCACGAGAUUAUCGGCACCGUCACCCGCGUCGGGGACAAGGUGACGGAAUUUCAACCCGGAGACCGCGUCGGAGUCGGCGCACAGCGUGGCAGUUGCCUGGAGUGCCGGGAGUGCAAGGAAGACUAUGAGAACUACUGCCCGAAGAGCAUCAACACAUACAAUUCUGAGUAUCCCGAUGGGGUGGUCGCCCAAGGCGGAUACUCCACAGCGAUUCGCGCACAGGAGCGCUUUGUCUUCCCCAUACCCGCUGAGAUCGAGUCGCGCGACGCGGCAUCCAUGAUGUGCGCUGGGCUGACUGUCUACUCUCCCCUCAAGACUCAUGGGGCGGGACCGGGAAAGACGGUGGGCAUCAUGGGCAUCGGCGGAUUAGGUCACUACGCCAUCUUGUGGGCGAAGGCGAUGGGUGCAGAGGUAUACGCAUUCACCCAUGACGACAGCAAGAUGGAGGAUAUCAAGAAGAUGGGCGCGGAUCACAUCGUGAAUACAGGUAAAAAGAAUUUCCAUAAGGAUCUUGCACGCAAGCUCGACAUCCUGCUCUCCACCCGCGAUAUGUUCGGCGACAAAACGCCAAUGGGCCACUACCUGUCGAUGCUCUACAUCCAUGGACGCUUCGUGACUGUUGGGCUGCCGGACGCCGACGACCCGCUUCCCUCCAUUCACGCAUUCGACCUCGUACCCAGCGGAUGUCUCUUGGGAGGUAGCAAGAUCGGCAGCAAGAAGGAAUGUCUGGAGAUGCUGGAGUUGGCGCGCUCUAAGGGCAUCAAGCCUUGGAUCGAGGAACUUCCUAUGCGCGAGGUCGGGCAGGCACUGCAGAACGUGAAGGACAACAAAGUACGGUACCGCUACGUGCUUACGCAGGAUAUCGACUAAACG